AUGGACCCCAGUGAAGAGUUGCAUUCUAUCAACCGGGGCUUGAAGAAGGCUUCUGAGCUGCAAAGCGGGAGCAACCACGGAGUUGUUCCCUUUACUCAUUUAUGGCCUUGCCCCUGGCCAGAAGCCGAUUGCAACAAGUACAGACUGCCAGAGAACACGCCCAUUAAGGCAAAGGAGGUGAAGAUUUUCCGAGCCCUGAUCCUCGGGGAGCUGGAAAGAGGACAGAACCAGUUCCAAGCCCUUUGCUUCAUCACUAGGCUGCAUCGCAACGAAAUCAUCCCCAGCGAGGCCAUGGCCAAACUCAGACAGAAAAACCCACAGACGGUGCGGCAGGCUGAGGAGGUGCGCGCGCUCGAACACCUCAGUAUGGAUGUGGCCGUCAACUUCAGCAAAGGGGCCCAGCUUAGCUCCCACAUCUACAACAUCUGUUCGGAGGCCAAGGAGACCAUUUACACUCGGGAAGAGGAUGUGAAGUUCUGGAUGGAGAAAGGGGUGGAUGGCUCCAUGUUUGAGGUCUUGCCUCAGUCCGCAGACCUGCCUGAUCUGCAACACUGCCGAGUCUGCCCAGAUCGCUGGAAGCCUUGCAUCUGCAGCUACGCCUUGAGCAUCGAGUGGUACCCCUGCAUGCUCAAGUACUGCAAGAGCCGAGACGCGGCUGGAAAGGCAACUUCCUACAAGUGUGGCAUCCGCAGCUGCCAGAAGGCCUACAGUUUCGAUUACUAUGUGCCGCAGAAACAGCUCUGCCUGUGGGAUGAAGAGACUUAGCAGGACACCUGGGUAGCCAUCUUGUUCUGGACUGUGAGCACUUGCCUUCUAGGAGCUCUGGGGAGUGCUACCAAGAUGGCCACCUGGAACGGAAAAGAGGAAGGGGCAGGGCAUGGAGGGAGAACCCUGCGGGAUGCCUCCUGAACAUGGUUUGGAGUGAGUCUCUCCGUCUUCUCCUGUAGCCAGCACAUUCAGAUUUAUGGGCAGAGAGGACAUUCAGCUUGCAAUGCUGUCAAAAGGAAGAUGAGGAACAUCAGAAUGAGGACUGUUAGCCAUCUUGAGGCUUCUUGACAGCAAUGAGAUUUGUGCCUGCUUCUUUUAAUAAGGACAUGGAGAAGAGAGGGUAGAUGUUCUUCCCUGACGACCUCCCCGAAAGGAUUAGACACCAGGUAGGUAGCAGGAAGCCUUUGUGGAUAGAGGAUCUUCUGGACAAAGUCCAUGAGCUUCCAAUACGUUCUACGUUUGCUACCUGGAGCAACCAGCAGGAGGAGACAGAGCCAUGGCGAUGUUGGAAUCUGGAAGGACGUCCUGGAUAUUCUCCACAUCAUUUUGUGCAAGAAUAAGAGAUUAUUUGAGAGUGCUGUGGGAUGGCUGUUCACCUACGACCAAUUGUCAAUUACAAGAACGCCAUGUGCUCCCCUUACCAAUUUCCCACGGAUAACACCAUCCCUGGCCAGCUUUGACAACGGCAGUUUGCCAAGACGCACCUGACAUAUAUGCUGCAUAAUCAGCUGGGUGGAUCCUAAAGUAUUGGGACGUUAUACCAUUAUACCUUCUAUCCUAAUACCUAAAGUAUUAGGGCCCAACACCCAGCCCAACCACUUGGUCUUGACUGGCUCCCUAAUGCUGGAGGUGGGAAUAUAGAACUCUGGUUCCUUAAAGGUGCAGACCCCCUUUUUUCCUUAUAACUCUGCCUUAAUUAGAGCUCGUACCAGCCUUGCUUCUGUUCUUCCAGGGACUGAAGAUUGCAGACAAUCAGACGCAUUAAAGAGGGUUCCUAAGGCCUACGUAUUUUCUGAGCUUGACGCCCCAGUGCCUUCCUUUUCUCCUUAUUAGAAAGUAAAAUCUCUAUCCAUUUCUGUUUCUGAACCCCUCUCCCACAAAACUGUGACUGGCCAGAACAAUGCUGUGUGCGUGUGUAUGUGUGCGUGUGUUAAUUAAACCAAGGGGACCAAUGAUAUGUCAAAUUAUGAGUGCCCCAGAUGUUGGAGAAGCGGUAGCAGAAGACGUUCGGACUACAGAAAUGAAUGAGAUGCCCAGAUAGGAAGUGGGAAAGCAACAGAAGAGGGAUGUUGCGUACCGUCAGUUCAUGCAUGGCUGUCUGUCCCUGACCUGCUCAGUUCGACUAGGAGCAGCAUUUUCUGAAGACCCAUAAGAUAAGCAGUUGUGCAAAUGCACCCAAGCACACUGUAGGACCUGUACUAAAAGCCUUGUGUGUGCUUUUUCCCAUCCCAACCAGGUCCAUGGGUGCUAUCAACAAAAUGGAGAAAGACAGUGGCAAUCUGGGACAUCAGGGUCAUGUUCCUACAACACAAUAAACUAGGCUUGGGUUUUUUUGUGUGAGUCAGUGUAUUGUGGGAACGCAGCCGAGCAUGUUGCAUGAAGCGAACAUUGAUGUUAAGCCAUUACACUGGUUUCUUUGCUCCUUGAGAGGGGCAUAGCCAGCGUGUCUUGCUGACUUGGGGUUCCUGUAUUGUGGAACCCACCAGUUGUGGCCGUAAGUUCUGUAACUGGGGUGCAAAGAAAGACAGUGAAAUGUGAUUGAAGUUGCUGCUUCACCGACAACAGUCACAGGCUCCCACAUCUUUGGAUGUGCAGAAAUUCAAGCCAGCCUGGUCUUGUCACAAUAGGUUUGCAGUGAUAUAGGCAGCAUUCCCUGUUUGAUUUCCACCUGUCUUGCCGCUGCUUCUUAAAAACGGGAUUUGUUGCAGAUAAGCUGUAGACCUGUUACGCUCUCAGCUGAUUUCUUAACUUUCUUCCAUUUCUGUGUGCUACCUUCCUUCUGUAAUUUGGGCACUUCAGACCAUUGACAUUCAAGUCUUAACGAUUCUAUUUUAAAAGAUGGUAUUUAUCUAUCUAUUUCCUAGAAUUAUGUGUGUGAGAGAGAGAGUAAAUGUGCAGUUGUGACUGUGUUUUUGACUGGGGGCAAGUAUUCCUUUUGUGCUCUUAAGAAAACUGGCCACAUGCAAUGAAAUAAAUGUAAACUUGAAUGAAAGUCUUUUUCAAACAAAUUAUUUAUGAUUGAUAAGCUGAAUAAACUGAUUUU